AUGGUGGACAAUGCCGUGAUGAAGAAAGUUUGCGGGUUCACCAUGGCCGGUACGAGAAGCAAGGCCAUCGAUUUCGACACCAAGAAGAGUUGGGCCGAGCUUUCCCCACAUACGACUUGGGAUUCCGCUGGAAUGUCCAACGGGCUUAUCCAAGACCUGGCCACUGCCAUUGUGCAUCGGUUCAUCUACUACAAUAUUUUCGGCAAAAAGGAGGCGAAUAAAGUCAGUGAGGUCGAACUUUUUCUCCUAUGGGCGAUGCGGGCAGGGGUGCGAGUGUGUUCUAUGACCUUCCUACAGAACUCCUUACAGGAGAUUGCCCUCACUCGGCGUGGAUUACCGGCACUUGGGCAUUUUGUUACCGCACUCGCGUACCACUACGACAUCACUCCAGAAGCCUAUAGAUUACAUGGAGAGAUAGCGCUUCAAGAGAGGUCUGAGAUGCGAUGUCUCAACUAUAAUGAGCUCAAGCAGGCCGACCUUAUUCGGAAUCGGACAACAGCUAAGGAGUAUACAAAGCGCGCCGCCUACGACACCUAUUUUAAAAAGCUCCAGCAGGGUCAGCCUAAUUCCGAUCCGGCAGGGUCGUCUCGGCAACCGACGGCAGGAGACGAGCAUGAGCAGAUGAAUGUCGACGAUGACCAUUUCCUUCCGCCUCCACCCGCAGAAAAUUUCACCACUAAAGUUGACAGCUGUGGUGUAAUUUCUAAAUCAGUAAAUCGUGACCUAGCCCCCAAAUAUCCAAUUUCUCAUCUUCGCCUCGCUACAUUUCCGCCGGUCUCCGCCCUUAUCCCCACAUCUCCGGUCGUCUGUGCCCGACUCCUUCCAUUUCCGGUUGUCUUGGUUUGUGUCCAGCCCGUCUCCGCCUGUUUUGUCUUGGCUCCGGCCUUCUAUGCUUGA